AUGGAUCCCUUCACAAUGGAAUCAGCACUCACUGACCAAGUGCAACUCGAUCUCUUGCAUCACACUCGCCACGCCAUUGCCCAUCUCAUUGAACUCUUCCCUGCUGAAUUUGGGUGGGAGCGUCUCAUUCCAGCCGAUGCACGAACACUACCCCAAGUACCGGAAAAGCUGGGUCAGCUGUAUCAAGAGGUAGAAGAGUAUUGUAGCUCUUUGGCUGUCAAGUUUGACCAUGAUUGGCAUUGGUCACUCAUGUGGCGACAACAACUCUCGUUAAAGACGCUUGCUGACAGAUACGGAAAAGAUUACGUGAUAGGCGCAUGUCAUCCCCGAAUACGCAAGUUUGUGGCCCAAAUCUACAUCGAAGAGCUUGACCCGUUUAUGCAAUGGUUUCCUUGGUCCUGGUUCUCUGAUAUGCAAUUCAUCGGUGCUGGUGGUUUCUCGGCUGUCUAUGCUGCUACCAUAUCCCCACCCUAUGAGCUUGAAUCCACUCGUGUUGCUCUCAAGGUGAUUGAUGACAAAUUACUCAACGAGAUUGUAGUGCAAUCAAAGGUGUUCCUACCAGUGCUCUUUCAAGGCUUGACCGUAUGUGACAGCACCGACGACUUGAUGAUGGUCAUGAAAAUAAGCAAUGAUGGCAACCUGGAGGAUCAUAUGCAACAUUUGCCACUGGGCGAUCUGGAUCUCAAAACGAUUACGGGUACCAUCUUACGUUUGGCAGCCAACUUAUCUGAUUUGCACAAGAUUGGCAUGUGCCAUCGCAACAUUCAUCCACGCAACGUUGUCUGUACCGACAAUGAUUACUUCCUCGUCGACUAUCGAUUUGCCACACCUGCACACGAAUCGUCUCAAGUCAUUGCUAUGACACGUGCCGUAUAUGGACGUCUACCUUACAUUGCACCUGAGAUACGUCAAGGAAGAUGCACUGAGAAAUCUGAUAUCUUCAGCUUGGGAGUCAUUAUUUGGCAAUUGGUGAGCAAAGUGAUUUUUCCAUCACCCGAAGUACUAUUGGCAGAAGGAGGGAUCGACGACGUGUAUCGCAUUGAACCAGUACCAGGGGUCCCUGAGUGGUAUGAAAAGCUAUACAUCGCUUGUAUGGAGCCACAACCAGAGAACAGACCAGAUACUGCCGAGAUUUGUCAAGCGCUGCAACCCAUUCAUGAUAGCUUGGCUUAUUCAGUGCCAUUGGAUUCAAAGGUGACAGAGUAUAUCGUGGCGAGAAGAGCGGAAGCGGCGGCUCAUACAAGGACUUGCACUAAACUCAAAGGAAUUGUCCCAUCAAAUACAACAUCGCGUUUGUAUACAUUGGCCCAUCUUCCAUCUACGACAGCAAUGCUCGCACCAAUGCCUUUUACCCAUCGUCGUUUUUCCGCGGUCUGGUCCUAUUAA